AUGGCCGCUGGCCGCACGCCGUCCGUGCUCCUUCGCUGCCUGCGGCGGGUCCACACCCGGAGCGCCCUCGUUCCGUCCUCGGUGCUCCUCGGCGCUGGGGCCGCCGCGGGGGGCGCCGCGCUGGCGGAGUGGCGUGAGCUGAACGCUCCUCGGGAGUUGGCGGCGGAGCGCACGCUGCCCGACUCGAGGGCGGGCUCGCUUCUCGCCGCCGUCCGGCUGCCGAUGCUGUUAGACGAGGGCGAGAUCGAGGAGGUCCUGGAGCUCGGCAGAGAGGUGAAGGCAGCCGGCGGGGCAACAGAGUACCGUCUUGGAAGCAGCGCCCACUCAGUUGUGCGCAGCGCCGAUGCGGGCAGCGAUCCCGCCUCUGCAUCAUCGUCGUCACCUUGGCACACGACAUUCUUGCACACUGGCCAUUUGUUUCAGCAGCGCCUUCCCGCCCUCAGUCUAAAAUUGCGACAAGCCGUCCUCAGCACGGAUGGUCUCAAUUGGGGCAUCUGCAGAAAAGCUGCAGCAUCGCUGAGCGGAAGCAACGUUGCGGGUGAGCCAUUGGACGAAGUGAGAAUGCGGACCAUCGAGCUGCACGAAGUGGGCCCUGGAGGAGCUCUUCCGCAGCGAGAUCAUGUUGAUUCUGGGUCAUGCGUGACCUUAGAUGUCAUGCUCUGUCGACCGGGCGUCGAUUUCGAGGGUGGCGCCUUAGAGCUACCGCCAGCGAUAGAUGUUGCGAAGCCGGGGGUGUUCCCUGAGUUUCUACAAGGGGACGCGCUGGUGUUUCCUAGCCACAAAUUUCAUUGCGUACAUCCGGUUUCUUCUGGCUUGCGACGGGUUUUAGUAAUCGAAUUCUGGUGCGGUGAGGAUCGAUCAUGUCCGCACCGCUGCCACCAGCAUUACGGGACUUGCAAGGCCGCGGGUGGCGGCAGCCGUUGGCAGGACCAGGUGCAUCGCCUUUGCAUGGCAUCCGCCGUUGAAGAUCCAGUUAAACCGUGGUGA